GCGGCGGCUCCUGCGGGCGGCCGCCCCGCACCCUAUGGACCGGCCGCUCCAUGGAGUCCUCCAGAUCGCUUCUCGGCUGCCUGGCGAGCGCCGCUGCCGCCCCGCCGGGGGAGGAUGCCACGGGCACAGGGGCCGAGGAGGAGGAGGACGAGGAGGAGGCGGUGGCCGCCGACCUGGGCUCCCACGCCGCGCUGCCCUACUGGACGGCUGUAUUCGAGUACGAGGCGGCGGGCGAGGACGAGCUGACCCUGCGGCUGGGCGAUGUGGUAGAGGUGCUGUCCAAGGACUCGCAGGUGUCCGGCGACGAGGGCUGGUGGACCGGACAGCUGAACCAGCGGGUGGGCAUCUUCCCCAGCAACUACGUGACCCCGCGCAGCGCCUUCUCCAGCCGCUGCCAGCCGGGCGCCGAGGACCCCAGCUGCUACCCGCCCAUUCAGCUGUUAGAGAUUGAUUUUGCGGAGCUAACCCUGGAGGAGAUCAUCGGCAUCGGGGGCUUUGGGAAAGUUUAUCGCGCUUUCUGGGUAGGCGAUGAGGUGGCUGUGAAAGCAGCUCGCCAUGACCCUGAUGAGGACAUCAGCCAGACCAUAGAGAAUGUUCGCCAAGAGGCCAAGCUCUUUGCCAUGCUGAAGCACCCGAACAUCAUUGCCCUCAGAGGGGUGUGCCUGAAGGAACCCAACCUCUGCUUGGUCAUGGAGUUUGCCCGUGGAGGGCCUUUGAACAGAGUGUUGUCUGGGAAGAGGAUUCCCCCAGACAUCCUGGUGAACUGGGCUGUGCAGAUUGCCAGAGGGAUGAACUACCUACAUGAUGAGGCAAUUGUCCCCAUCAUCCACCGUGACCUUAAGUCCAGCAACAUCCUGAUCCUGCAGAAAGUGGAGAAUGGAGACCUGAGUAACAAGAUUCUGAAGAUCACCGACUUUGGGCUGGCCCGGGAAUGGCACCGGACCACCAAGAUGAGCGCGGCGGGGACGUACGCUUGGAUGGCACCCGAAGUCAUCCGUGCCUCCAUGUUUUCCAAAGGCAGUGAUGUGUGGAGCUACGGAGUGCUGCUUUGGGAGCUGCUGACUGGUGAGGUCCCCUUCCGCGGCAUUGAUGGCUUAGCAGUGGCCUAUGGAGUGGCCAUGAACAAGCUCGCCCUUCCUAUUCCUUCUACAUGUCCAGAGCCUUUUGCCAAACUCAUGGAAGACUGCUGGAACCCCGACCCCCACUCACGGCCAUCUUUCACGAGUAUCCUGGACCAGCUCACCACCAUAGAAGAGUCUGGUUUCUUUGAGAUGCCCAAGGACUCCUUCCACUGCCUGCAGGAUGACUGGAAACAUGAGAUUCAGGAAAUGUUUGACCAACUCAGGGCCAAAGAAAAGGAGCUCCGCACCUGGGAAGAGGAGCUGACGCGGGCGGCGCUCCAGCAGAAGAACCAGGAGGAGCUGCUGCGACGCCGGGAACAGGAACUGGCUGAGCGGGAGAUUGACAUCCUCGAGCGAGAGCUCAACAUCAUCAUCCACCAGCUGUGCCAGGAAAAGCCCAGGGUGAAGAAACGCAAGGGCAAGUUCAGGAAGAGCCGACUGAAGCUCAAGGAUGGCAACCGCAUCAGCCUCCCCUCCGCAGAUUUCCAGCACAAGUUCACAGUGCAGGCCUCCCCGACCAUGGAUAAAAGGAAGAGCCUCAUCAGCAGCCGAUCGAGCCCUCCGGCAAGCCCCACCAUCAUCCCCCGCCUCCGAGCCAUCCAGUUGACGCCCGGUGAAAGCAGUAAAACCUGGGGCCGGAGCUCAGUGGUCCCUAAAGAGGAAGGGGAGGAGGAGGAAAAGAGGCUCCCAAAGAAGAAGGGCCGGACGUGGGGACCGGGAACACUUGGGCAGAAAGAGCUCACCUCAGGAGAUGAAGGUUCCCCCCAGAGACGGGAAAAAACUAAUGGCUUAAGUACCCCGUCAGAGUCUCCACAUUUCCACUUGGGCCUCAAGUCCCUGGUAGAUGGAUACAAACAGUGGUCAUCCAGUGCCCCCAACCUGGGGAAGGGUCCGAGGAGCAGCCCCGCCCUGCCUGGGUUCACCAGCCUUAUGGAGAUAGAGGAUGAAGAUGGGGAAGGCCCAGGGAGUGGAGAGAGUCAUCUACAGCAUUCGCCCAACCAGUCCUACCUCUGUAUCCCAUUUCCUCGUGGAGAGGAUGGGGACGGCCCCUCUAGUGAUGGAGUUCAUGAGGAGCCCACCCCAGUCAACUCAGCCACCAGUACCCCUCAGCUGACACCAACCAACAGCCUCAAGCGCAGCGGGACCCACCACCGGCGCUGUGAGGUGGCUCUGCUUGGUUGUGGGGCUGUGCUGGCAGCCACGGGCCUAGGGUUUGACUUGCUGGAAGCUGGCAAGUGCCAGUUGCUUCCGCCAGAGGAGCCUGAGCCACCAGCCCGGGAAGAGAAGAAGCGACGUGAGGGUCUUUUCCAAAGGGCCAGCCGCCCUCGUCGGAGUACCAGCCCCCCCUCCCGAAAGCUCUUCAAGAAGGAAGAGCCAAUGAUGUUGCUAGGAGACCACUCUGCUUCCUUGACUCUGCUCUCUCUCUCCUCCAUCUCCGAAUGCAACUCGACCCGCUCCCUGCUGCGCUCUGACAGCGAUGAGAUCGUCGUGUAUGAAAUGCCAGUCAGUCCAGCUGAAGCCCCGCCUCUCGCCUCGUGCGCCCACAACCCUCUUGUUAACGUCCGAGUGGAGCGCUUCAAGCGAGACCCCAACCAGUCCCUGACGCCCACCCACGUCACCCUCACAGCCCCCACGCAGCCGAGUGGUCACAGGCGGACUCCUUCUGAUGGGGCACUUAAGCCAGCAGGAGCCCCUCCAGCGCUAGCGAGCCGGAGCCCCUCCAGCAAUGGAAUGAGUCCCAGUCCUGGGACAGGAAUGUUGAAGACUCCCAGCCCCAGCCGAGACCCAGGUGAAUUCCCCCGUCUCCCCGACCCCAAUGUGGUCUUUCCCCCAACUCCGAGGCGCUGGAACACACAGCGGGACUCCACCUUAGAGAGACCCAAGACCCUGGAGUUUCUGCCUCGGCCGCGUCCUUCUGCCAACCGGCAGCGGCUGGACCCGUGGUGGUUUGUGUCUCCCAGCCAUGCCCGCAGCGCCUCCCCAGCCAACAGCUCCAGCACAGAGACUCCCAGCAACCUGGACUCGUGCUUUGCCAGCAGCAGCAGCACUGUGGAAGAGCGGCCUGGACUCCCAGCCCUGCUCCCUUUGCAGGCAGGGCCACUGCCCCCCGCUGAGCGGACGCUUCUGGACCUGGAUGCCGAGGGGCAGAGCCAGGAUAGCACGGUGCCCCUGUGCAGAGCUGAACUGAACACACACGGGCCUUCCCCUUACGAGAUCCAGCAGGAGUUCUGGUCUUAGUGUGAAAAGGAGGGUCAGGGUGGGCAAGGGGGAAGCCGGAGGAGAUGGAGGGAGCUGGCUGGCACAGCCCUGUCUCAGUUAGGCCCCCUGGGAUCCAGACCUCCUCCUUGCACUCAGAAUGCACUUUGAAGAUGGAAGGGGUGGAAGCAGGGCCAGCCACUUCAGGGGGGGUCUCCUGCCCUGCAGGAUCUCUUUUCCACGUUCACUGGAGGGGUUGUGUCAGCUCUGGCUGUGUAGGUGAAGGAAGGCAUGUCCCCACCCUCCCUCUCCGGUCUUCCUCACCUUCAGGGUGACACUGCAGAGUCAUCCAGCCAAAUCUAUCCACUGCCUCAUCUCCUCAGCCGGAGCUGUCCUGGAGUCCCUUUGUCAGCCCUGAGUUCUGUACUGAUGUUCUGCGAUUGAUUUAGCUUGUCUUCCCGUGACUCAGUGUCUCCUUUAGUGUGUGAUGAGUGUCUUGUGUCCGAAGUCCUUUUGUGCUAGCUGGUGGGGACAGGUUGGCCUUAAUGAGGGCCAAUGGGCUUGAAAGACCUGGUGCCGCCUACCUGUGCAGAUCCCAGUGAGAACUGAGAGUGUGGGGAGGGAGGAGAGGAGGCAGGCAGGCGGGGGAAACGGUCAGGUUGGGUAGAAAGGGCCCUAGAGUCACUCCUUGGUUUCGGUUUGGGUUUUAGAAACAGAGGCAGAAGUCAACACCUGCUGAAUGGCUCCAUCUACCCCCUUGGGUUCAGGCCAUGGCUACACCAGGUUUGAAUAGAAGCAUAUUCAUCUCAGGAAUAGUUGUUUGGGAGACACACUCAGUGAUGCCAGGUCUGAGGUCAGACACAGCUCCUGCAUGGACCUGUCUUGUUGGGACUCUGUUGUUCUUUCCUCUCGUUCCUGGAAUCAGUGGCCUGCAGGUCCAAUGUGACUCACUGACAUAUCCAAAGUAUGUCAGGAUAACAUAUGGGGGUGGGUCCUGGGCCUUGGGAUGUGGAACAGUGGGGAUUUCUUCAUCGGACUUGGGCACCUUGUGAUACCCUUGAAGUAAACGGAACCCUUAGUAAUAACUCUGGGUGUAUGGAGGCAGCAGCGUGAUACAGUUCUUCAAGUGCUCGGUGGUCCGCUGAUGGGCGCUGACCAAGGCCACCUGUCUCUGCACAGACAGCCAUUGUGCUGGGCCCUGCACGUGAGCUGGACAGCGAGGCCCGCCAGAGAGGCUAGUGCUGACCGGUUUAGUAUGUGUUUCCUGAACUUGAAUACCGAGCUUCGUCGAAAGCUUUCUCACGUAUUUUCUUUGCCGUCCACCUCCUCUGGGCCCCCUGUGUUGUAUGCGCGCCCUGGCCCUUACGUGACAGUAACAGCUUGGUUGGGGUCACAGUGCCUGGUGGUGUCGGGGUCAGUCUGCAGGCUCCCCGUAUUGGCUGCCUGGGUGCCCAUGGGUUAGAGCUGUACACGUGGGACAGGUGACAGAUUUCAUAUCCCUGCUGCGUCCCUGUAACUGAGGCAUGGAAGGGGUGAGGUUGGUUUCCACGGUUCCUUAUGAGCCCAUUUGCCUUUGGCUUGACCUUACAGCCCCCUAGACUCGACCGGGAAGCGGUGCUGCCGGUGUCAGCCAGGGUCUGGCUGUAGAGCCUCAUCUUUCCUCUUGGUUCUGUGAAAUGAGGAUGUAAGAGAUUACUUUUGCCCCCUCCCCCCCCACACCACCACCAGUCCGACUCCUCAGAUAGGAGAGGAGAGCUUGUGAGCCCCCUCAGAAGCCCCAACCAACCUAAUGAUGAUGCUUUGUUCGUGAGGACUGGAUAGUCUGCUCUGUGCCCCUCUCUGGGUCUCUGAAAACCCCUGCAUCCAAGCCGCAAAUAUAUCUGCAUGCCUUGGCUGCACUAAGGCUUUAAGGUGGGCUGCAGCUGGUUCCAGCCCGUGCUCCGGCCCCACGCAGGGUUUUUCUCCAGUCCGUGUUUGGUUGUGGACAUCUUUCUGGGAAAGAUGGGGUGUUGCAGAUGGAAUACACACCGUGUGAUAGCUACCUGCCAUUGAGUGACAGGUGGAAUCUUUUCCUGUGCACCCAAUGUUCAGACAGAGGAAGGCUUUGCUAAAGAAACGAUGGUACCUGAGAGAAGAGAAAGCGGGGCCGUGAGCGUGUGUUGAGAUGGGGGGAUGUCCUGUUCGGUUCCUCCAAACCUGUGCGGUGCUGGACCACUAUCUGCCACACUUUUCGUGCGAGCUUGGAGAUGGGAUGAAUGCUAAGGAAGUCAGUUUGUGUGACGUGGGUUUCCUCCCUCGGUGGUCAUGGUUAGGAACAGGCCUGGUCGCUGUGAAUAAACCCACGGGUGACAGUAGCCAGCUCCUCCCUUUCUCUCAACUACCUUUCCUCAAAGACUUGCCUUCUGCUUAGAGCAGGUGUUCCUUAUCCUGCGGCUGCCGUCCUGGGGCUGCUAACAGGAUCUUAGCUGUCUCCUCAGGUCUUCAGUUCCCAGUGCUUACCCUUGGGGAAUCCAUACCGUUGGAACUGAGUAGAUGCCUCCAUUAUCCUUACUGCUAUUUCUAGGAAGCUGUGGCGGAUGCUCUUCACUUGGCGUUCUUUGACAUCCCUGUGGUCUGGUAGGCGUCAUAAUAACAAUAGCAUACAUCUGGACAACUCAGAAUAGGGUAGCUUUUCCUUCUGACCUUUACAAGAUGACAUCAUUUUCCUUUACAUUUGAUACAUGUGUCUCAAAAACAGACAGACAGACAGACAGACAGGCGCUGCUUGGAUGACUGAGUCUGGCCACCAGGCUCUGAGACAGCACAGGUUGGCCCUGCUCCUCUGUUCUGCUUUCCUUGCAUGACUUCCGUCCUGUGUCUUGACCCCUCUCGGGUUUCCUUGUAAAAAGGAAGUAUAUAUUUCCUCUCCUAUACUUCCCUUGUGAGGGCAGAGGAACCCUGUGGCUCCCUACCAACUCGAGGGGCAGCGUCUUCCCUUGCAGGAUGAAUGUGCUGGAGCCGACAGUGCGCCUCUCACCCCCUUCGCCUCGGGGCAUCUUCCCUCGGGUUUUAUCCUUUGGCUUCUGGAAGAGGAGAGAUUUGGGGUUGGCUUGACCCAGCGCGUGGGCCAGGCAUUUGCUCUCCUGCCACGCUAUGUAGCCCAGGUGACAACAGCAUCGUUUGUCUUCUCAUUCCCUCCCCCACUUAGCCUGGCCGGCUGGGUGUCCUUACCGUCUGUGUCUUUCUGAGGAAAUGGGAGCGAGCUUGGUGAAAGCGCCGUAGGGACAGCUGUCCCCACCCUUUUAGGGUCAUCCCCAGGGUCACAUUUGAUAAGAGUUUGAAAUCGGGCCACUUCUGGAAGAAUCUUUGGGAAAGGGGCCCCUCGCCCAUGGGACAUCAUGUGCCAAAGUCUGAUGCUCCUCACCAAGCCCCUUUACACUCAGGCUAUUGCUCAGGGACACAAGACAUUGCUGGCUGUCUAGACCUGGCCCUUACUCCAUGCUUUUGCCUCCCUCGGCUCCAUGUUGUCGACAUUCCUUGCCCCGUGAGAAACUCGUGAAGUUCCUCUCCUUUGCCCUUCCUCUCCUGUCCUCCGCCACCCACCCCCACCCACUCCCCAUAGCUGCACCUGCCGAGUGCUAGGCAGAGACCUAUCAACAUCAAGCUUACUUUUAACAGAGUAAAGAACGCAGGGCCCUGCAGCCUGGGUGGCCGUUGAGUGGACACCUCAGGGCCUAAGUGUCCAUCUGUCCAGCGGUACCCCACCAUGGAUGCAGAACCCUGACCUUUCGAUCAGGUAUGUAUUUGAUCAUGUGCCUUUGGAUUGGUGUAUGAAGAACGGCACAGUCCGGCAGUUCAGAAGCACACAUCUCAUUGCCUCUAGAAGGCCUGGGAGGAGAGGCAGGUCCUGCUUGCUGGUGAAGUACUGGACUUUCUCUAAGGAAAGACUGACUGUCCAGACUAGAUUCAGGGGCAGAUGUUAAGAUUGGCCCUCAGGGAGUUGUGGGUGGCAAGAACCUGGAGACUUAAGCAGUCCAUUUUCAAGUUAUAAAUUUGCCAGUAUCUGGCCCCCAGAAGCCCCUUUGUGAGCUGGGGGUGAUGCUCGCAAUCCUAUUUAAAAUUCUUCUAACUGUGAAACCUACCAUCUUAGCUAGGUUCAGUGAUACAUUCUUGGAAACCCAGACUGGGGCAGGACAGUUGCUUCAGCUCCAGAUGUGAUGUCAAUCUGGGGCAACAUAGCAAGACCCUGUCUCUCCAGUGUGUGGUGCCAGAGCCCCAUGUCCAGCGCAGAUAGCUCCACCAUGCAAGAUUGCUUCCCUUGGAGAAAAGCAUGAAUGUAUGUAUGAUUGGAGGUCAAAGGCCAGUACUGGCCAUUUCAUAUGACUCAGUCAUGUGUCUCUUGUCACUGUCCUUGGCUUGACCUGAGAACCACUUCUUGUCAAGAUAGAGUUGUUGGGAACACAUUUCCAGAUGGCAAAACAUUAUUUUCCUAGUUCACAAAUUAUAAUAAAGUCAGCACAUAAAAGGAGAAAAGCCCUUCUCCUUGGACUCUUCCUGGCCUUGCUGCUUGGAGGCUCGCCAUCUCUGGUACUGAGUUGAAGGGUGAGAGCCAGCAACAGGAAUCUUGUUUGAUUAAGGCUCAUUAAUAUGGUUCUAACUAGCGUAACCCAGCCCCGGGGUCCUGGUUGGCUCUGCAGACCAGGUGAGUUUCUUUUACUUUUUCAUGAACUGUUUCCAGGUAUUCCCAUUCACUGUCCCUUCUGUCCAUCUCUGGUCGUGGACCCUGGAGGCAUCCUGGCCUCCCUGAGCUGCUGGGGAAACCCUAGACUUCCUUUUCAGGAUCCUGGGUUCUCUUGAGCUCUGCCCUGGGACUGACUGCUCCUUCUUGGUUUCUUACACUUUGGUCCCUGCAUCCCCUUGAGUCUUGUGUUGGAAAGAGAAGAUCCUGGUGAUUGAGGGGGGUUGUCUGAGGGCAUGCUCCGUGCUGCUCUGGUUUCCUUGCCCCUGGCUUCCCUUCUAAUUGUCAUGCCCUUUGAUUGUCAGGUGUGAACAUGACAGCUAGGUGGUGUCCCUGGGUGGGAAAUUCAAAUCUAGUGUUCAGAGACCAGCCUUUCUUACUAGGGCAGGACGGGUGGAAGCUGAGGUCAGAACGGCUGUAAGGGAAACCCUGACAUGUGAAGACCCCACAGAGUGAUAUGGUGUGCUUUGCAGUCACUCAAGACCGUCUUUCAAAAGUCCUAUGUUAUUCUCCUUCCUGAAAUCCUUCCCACCUUGCUACCUGCACAAGACGGCCUUAAGACUAAGCACUGAUCAUGUCAUGGGUGGUUUUACCAAUUUUGGCAUUUUAGAAAGUGACAUUGAAGUAUGGUUUAGCCUUUGAUUGCUGAUGUUUUACAUUUUAUUUUAUUUUUAACAUCCCUUUGAAAUUUGUAUCCGACACAAGUGCCUCACUCAUCUCAACCUGGUCUAGGCCCUGCCUGCCUGUCUCCUGGAUCUCCAGAUAGGGUUGUGACAUUUAACAUAGGUGUGAUGUCUUAUUCUCGUUUCCACCCCACACAGCAUGUUCUAAGUGCCGCUCGUCACCCCCGGGAGCACUUGCAUUCAAAUACAGUGGUGAAGCACCCAGUUCUUAACGUUGGCCCUGUAGCUGGGGCGACUUUUCCUUCGUUCGUGUUCCUUCAUGUUCUCGGGCUGCCUUUCAAGCUCUUGGAAGUCAUUUUCCAGGGUUUUGUGUAUUCCAGGAGAAGGAAAGUGAUCAUGUAGAGAGAA